GUGGGAGCAUGCUGGGUCUCUGGGGGCAGAGACUCCCCUCAGCGUGGGUUCUGUUCCUGUUGCCGUUCCUGCUGUUGCUGCUGCUGCCUGCAGCCCCGGCACCCCACCGCGCUUCCUACAAGCCGGUCAUCGUGGUGCAUGGGCUAUUUGACAGCUCAUACAGCUUUCGCCACCUGCUGGAAUACAUUAAUGAGACACACCCCGGGACUGUGGUGACAGUACUUGAUCUCUUCGAUGGCAGAGAGAGCUUGCGGCCCCUGUGGGAACAGGUGCAAGGGUUCCGAGAGGCUGUGGUCCCCAUCAUGGCAAAGGCCCCUCAAGGGGUACAUCUCAUCUGCUACUCCCAGGGUGGCCUUGUGUGCCGGGCACUGCUCUCUGUCAUGGAUGAGCACAAUGUGGAUACUUUCAUCUCUCUCUCAUCUCCACAGAUGGGGCAGUAUGGAGACACAGACUAUUUGAAGUGGCUGUUCCCCACCUCCAUGCGGUCUAAUCUCUACCGGAUCUGCUAUAGCCCCUGGGGCCAGGAAUUCUCCAUCUGCAACUAUUGGCAUGACCCCCAUCAUGAUGAUUUAUACCUCAAUGCCAGCAGCUUCCUGGCCCUAAUCAAUGGAGAAAGAGACCAUCCCAAUGCCACUGCAUGGCGGAAAAACUUUCUUCGUGUGGGCCGCCUGGUGCUGAUUGGAGGCCCUGAUGAUGGUGUUAUUACUCCCUGGCAGUCCAGCUUCUUUGGUUUCUAUGAUGCCAAUGAGACGGUCUUAGAGAUGGAGGAGCAACUGGUGUACCUCCGGGAUUCUUUUGGGUUGAAGACUCUCUUGGCCCGUGGGGCCAUAGUGAGGUGUCCGAUGGCCGGGAUCUCCCACACGACCUGGCAUUCCAACCGUACUCUUUAUGAGUCUUGCAUUGAACCGUGGCUCUCCUAAGGACAUUCUCGGGAGUCACCAGGAAUUCCCAAGCCCAGAGACCAAGUGGUGGCCUUGGAAAGCAGACAUCAAAUCUAGCAUGCCUGUGACCACCUCAUUGCUCCCACACUGCCCCCUACCAACCAGGGCUCCCAGAACCCCCUCUUCUGCUCUUCUGUGAAUGCCAAGUCCUGGUUCUCCCUACCUCACAUCCUCUUUAGGGGUGGCUCCAUGCUUUCCCUUUCACCCAAGGCUGAGGUGGGAAGUGAGAGCCAGGUUUUUAACUUGUGGCUGCUUCUACUGCUGCUCCUCCUUUGUAUCUGGCUGUGCAGGAGGAGAACCCACUCCCUGCCCACCACAGGGGUCUCCUUCCAGGCCACUCAGGACAUUUUUAGCUUCUGUUCUGUGUUCCCUUUUCUUCUGAACUUCCCCCGUCGUCAGUCCUCAUCACCCCGAAGAGGGACACCCAUGAGAGUGGGGUUCUGAGGCCCCCCCUAUGGGGACAGUUCCGUUCUUGAAGUGUCAGUGUUGGGGAAUAUCUGUGGCCUGCAAGGCCCAUCUCAGGUUUGGGGAUCCCCCAGUCCCUAUGAUCAGUGUUGGGGUAUGCCUUGGGAGCCUAGUUUGAGGCCCCAGCCCCUCUUUUAAUUACUCUUGAGUGGGUGUUCCCUGUAUUUAUGGAAAUAAAGUUCCAUUUCCUCAGUGUGGCUUGGCUCAUUUCCAGGAGAAGGGAACCUGGGUUUCCCAAGGAGGGUGGGGAUGGAGAGCCUGGGGCCUGGGUGCCAGGAUGCCUGAUCUGGGGUGGAGACCCCCUUGGUGUUUCCGUUCUCUCAAUGCCCAUUCUGUGUGGGUUCCUGAUUCUCUGCGGGUUCUUUCCUGCUGAAGACAAUUCUCUUCCUGUCCCAGCCUAGGAUUAGGGGCUGAGCCCAGGGGCUCCAGUGGUUUGGGGCUCAGCCUCAUGGGUAGAAUGCGCUUGCCACCCCCAGGCUAGACGA